AUGUUCAAACAAAAAGGAAAAGGAGAAGUAGUUGUUGUUGUACCAUAUAUUUUACAAUUUCAAGUUAUCUAUUUAUUAUGUACACAUAGAGAACACUAUAAACAAAAUAUAUUAUAUAUUAGAGAUGUAUUUAAUAUUGGUAGUGUAUCAAAGGCAUGGAGGGCUUUGGUCAAAAGAUUUGUAGAGGAAGCUCAUCGUCCUCUUAGAAUAGACCCAGCAUUUCAAUACUUUGAAGAUUAUAUUCAACAUAUUUCGAAUCCGCUGUGUCUCUAUAGUACUGUUAAAAUCAUUGGUCACCAAGGUUACAGUCAUACAUCUGACAACACGAUUGCAGAGAGAAAUGAAUUGUUUGUACUCGAUAAAGGCAACAAACAUCGGUUAGGCUUGUUGCUAAGAGAUGUGUACAUGAUAGAUCUAACGAGUAGACCUACCACAUCAAUAUCAAUCAUUAUGACCAAUGUGAUAAAUCAGAUGACCCUUCCAAAUCUAAAGGAAUUGUUUGUUUCGGCAAACCAUUAUCAACCAAAGUACAUUAAAGAAGAAGGUAUUCACUUUGAACCGGUAGAAGAGCCAAGAGGUGAAUCGCCGAGAUCACCAAUACUUUUACCAAUCGAUGUAUUGAAAAGGAUAGAAAGAGUAACUUUGUUAAAGAGCUCUGGUCGACACAAUUUCCAACCGAAUUGGUUUAGUGGUCUAACAACAUUGGAUUGCAGUCCUACUGUCUUGGAAUUUCUUCCACCAACCAUCACUUCUCUCGGAUUUUUCUCAGACUAUAACUAUUCAGUUCCUUUCCGAAAGAUACCGACACUCAACUCUAUUCGGGUACUGUCACUAUCCAAUAGCCUCGUAGCAGACAAUUACCAAGAGUUUUUAGAGUUUAUCGAAAAAAAUAAUAGUACCCUCCAACAUGCAGACUACCCAAUUCCAGUCAACCAAGCCACUCUACCAUAUCUUGCAAAGACAAAGUUACAAUCAAUUCGAAUAGAUAUUGAUAACACUGAAUUGAUUGGUCACAUAGAGUUACCAUCAACAGUCGAAUCUCUAUCGAUUGAUAUUUUUAUUAACAUUGGUCAAAUAUCAUAUAGAAAAUUGGACUGUUUAGUGGCUAAUGGUUUAAAGUCACUCAAAAUCACAGGUAAAACUUAUUCAAGUGCAUUGUUGUCAAGCCAUUUAAUACCAAUCAUUUCAAAAUUAAAAUCACUUCAACAAUUGGAAUUACGUGAUCCAUAUGGAUUCGCGGUGGACGAUAUCCUUUUAGAGGCAAUGUCUCAAAGUCAAUCAUUACAAAAAUUAGUGUCAAGCCGUCCCAAAAAGACAACCCAUUCAAAGUUACCAUUAAUUAAUGAUUUUUCACAAGUUUGUUAUCUUGUUGUUAUUAAAAUUAAAUUAAAUAAUGUUUCAACUUUUAAAAAAAAGAAUAUUGGAACAACUGUACCAUAUAUAGUACAAUUUCCAAUCAUCAAUCUAUUAUGUACACAUAGAAAACACUACAAACAAUAUCAAUUAAAUAUUAAAGAUGUAUUUAAUAUUGGUAGUGUAUCAAAGUCAUGGAGAGAUUUGGUUAAAAGAUUCGUAGAGGAAUCUCAUCGUCCUCUUACAUUAAACCCAUUUCUUUUUGUCCAAAUCAUUUCAACAAGAUCACAAUCAUCACUCAAACAAUUGGAAUUACAUGGAUAUCAUGGUUUUGAAAAGAUUGAUCCGAUCUUGGAAGCAGUGUCUCAAAGUCAAUCCCUACAAAAAUUUGUGUAUGGUCGUGUCAAAAAGCUAAUCCAUGCAAAGCUACCAUUAGUAUCCUCAAUGUUACCAAAUACAGAUAAAGUAGAAUUUUUAAAUACAAAUAAUAUUUAUAUCAAUAUUAAAAAGUUUAAAAAUGUAUCAAAGGCAUGGAGGGCUUUGGUUAAAAGAUUUGUAGAGGAAGCUCAUCUUCCUCUUACAAUAAACCCAUCAGUUCAGUGCUUUGAAGAUUAUAUUCAACAUACUUCUAAUCCACUGUGUCUCUACGGUACUGUUAAAGUCAUUUGUCAAGAAAACAGAAAUCGAGUAGACUUGUUGUUAAGAGAUGUGCAUACUUUAGAUCUCACUGGUGAUGCAUUGGGUCUUGUGGAUCUAAACAAUUUAGGUAGUUGGUGUAGUGGUCUUACAACAUUGAAAGCAUGUAAUACCAACACCCAACUCGAUUCAGGUGCUGACUAUAUCUAA